AGAGCCCUAGACAAGAAACAGAUGACAAGAGACAAAAGAGUUGGAGAAUCUCCUGGAUGUUGGAUACAUUGUGUCACCAGAGGACAGAGCAGAUACUUAGAUGUAUGGCUCCAUGAGACAGGGAACCAGCAAGAAAUGAGCCCUCCCAUUGUCCACUACAAACAUCACCCUAACAAAGAGCACAUGUAGACAUAGAAGACCACAAAGGGCAGUAAACAUUCCAGCACAGACACAUAGGUACACACAAUUCACACACACCAUAUACUGGAGCCCUCUCCUACCUCCUGGACCACUACACUAGCAUGCUGCCCCAAAGCCUCCAAUGAUAAAGCCACCACAACCUGCAGUCUCAAGAUGUGGCUCCUACUGAUUCUUCUAUGCUCUGCUGUACAAGAGGUCACCCCACUGAUUUCAGAUAUUCCUCUCAGCUUUUCCCUGGAUGCAGACAUUGUGCAUCCUGUCCGAGUAGAUGAACAUGGUAGUUUCCUAACCUAUGACCUAACUCCCCGCAAUCUACAGAAGAGGGGACUUUCUUCAAGCACUAGCUCCUCUACCUAUUAUGAGAUCAAAUACAAAGGAGUUGAAUUGACCUUCAACCUUAGUCAGAACCACCAGCUGCUGGCCCCAGGCUUUGUGAGUGAGUGGCGUAAUGGAGGCAUCCGGGAAUCAAGAAUUGUUAGUCGGCCUUCAAGCUCAUGCCAUAUGCAGGGUGAAGUACAGACCCAUCAUCAACAUGUUGGAAAUGCUGCUAUCAGUAUCUGCAGUGGUCUGAGAGGCGUCUUCCAGUUGGAACAUGAAGAUUUCCUGAUAGAACCAAUGACUACCGUAGAGCCCUCUUUGGAAAAAGGACUACCUCAUCGGAUCUACCGGCGUCAUUUAGUUGAGGAUCCGCAGUCAGGGUACAGUAGCUGUGGUGUUAAGGAGCAUCCAGAUUCCCAUGAUAAGUGGGAGAGGAGAAGGGAGCGCUGGGAACAGUCAAAGGCACGAGAGAGAAUAGAGCGACUUAUAUCUCGGAGAUCCAUUAGCAAGGAGAAGUGGGUGGAAACCCUAGUUGUGGCUGACUCCAAGAUGGUGGAAUAUCAUGGAAAAAACAGUGUAGAGAACUACGUACUGACUAUUAUGAAUAUGGUAGCUGGACUUUUCCAUGAUGCCAGUAUUGGGAACAGGAUAAACAUCGUUGUUGUUCGCUUGAUCCUACUGGAGAGUGAUGAGGAGGAGCUGAAGGUUUCACAUCACGCUGACAACUCUCUGCGCAGCUUUUGCAAGUGGCAGAAGGCCAUGAACAUGAAAAGUGAAGAGCAUGCUUUACAUCAUGAUGUUGCCGUUCUUCUUACCAGACGAGACAUCUGUGCUUCCAUGAAUCGUCCAUGUGAGACUCUAGGUCUUUCCCAUGUGUCUGGAAUGUGCCAACCUCACCGCAGUUGUAAUAUAAAUGAAGACACAGGUCUUCCAACAGCCUUUACUGUCACUCAUGAAUUAGGACACGGUUUUGGGGUACAACAUGAUGGCGUUGGGAAUGAUUGUGAACCCAAAGGAAAGAGACCUCAUAUCAUGUCACCACAAUUAUUGUAUGACACGUCUCCGCUAACCUGGUCACGCUGCAGCCGAGACUACAUCACUCGCUUCUUGGACCGUGGAUGGGGUCUUUGCCUGGAUGAUCCACCUAGUAAAGAGUUCCUAGAUUUUCCUUCUGUGCCCCCAGGAGUCCUGUAUGAUGUUGGACACCAGUGCCGAUUACAAUAUGGAUCUGUUUCCACCUUCUGCCAAGACAUUGAUAAUGUGUGUAACUCACUCUGGUGCUCUGUGGGAACCACAUGUCACUCUAAGCUGGACGCUGCCGUGGAUGGAACCAUCUGUGGUGAUAAUAAGUGGUGCUUUGGUGGUGAUUGCAUCCCAGUUGGACAACGGCCUUCUGCUGUGGAUGGAGCAUGGGGAUCCUGGAGUUCAUGGUCAUCCUGUACAAGAAGUUGUGGUGCUGGUGUACAGAGUGCGGAGCGGCACUGCAGUAGUCCAUCGCCAAGAUAUGGAGGAAAAUACUGUUUAGGAGAAAGGAAAAGAUACCGUGUGUGCAACGUUCUGCCCUGUACUCGAGGAGUCCCUUCUUUCAGACACCAGCAGUGCUCCAUGUUUGAUUCAGUUCCUUACAAAGGAAAACUGCAUCGCUGGAGCCCAGUGUCAAUGAACAUUAAUCCAUGUGAACUUCACUGCCAGUCAGACACUGGGUACUUUGCCGAGAAGCUGCGAGACGCAGUAUUUGAUGGAACACCAUGUUUUGAGGGGAACACAAGCCGAGAUAUGUGCAUUAAUGGCAUUUGUAAGAACAUUGGCUGUGACUAUGAGAUUGACUCUAAUGCAGUGGAGGAUCGUUGUGGUGUUUGCCAUGGGGACUCUUCUUCGUGUCACACUGUGCACAAAACAUUUGACGGUAGUGAUGGACUUGGCUAUGUUGACAUUGGUCUGAUCCCACCGGGUGCUCGUGAAAUCCAGAUUGAGGAGGUAGCAGAGGCUGGAAACUUCUUGGCAUUGCGUAGUGAAGAUCCAGAGAGAUAUUUCCUAAAUGGCAGAUGGACAAUUCAGUGGAAUGGAAAUUAUAAAGCUGCAGGGACAACCUUCACCUAUACUCGCACUGGGAAUCUGGAAAACCUGACUGCACCUGGACCAACAUAUGAACCUGUGUGGAUACAGCUCCUCUUCCAGGAGAAGAAUCCUGGGGUGCGGUACCAGUAUACCAUCAAGAGGGAUCUAGACAGCAGCAAUGAGAUUCAGCCACCAGAUUUUUCAUGGAGAUACGGCUCAUGGUCCGAAUGCUCUGCCACAUGUGGCACUGGGGUGCAGAGGCAGCUAGUGCACUGUGUGGAAAAAUUUGCCGGUCUUGUGGAGGAACGAUAUUGUGAUUCAUUGACAAGACCAGAUGACAGACAGAGGAACUGCAAUGAGGAGCCUUGUCCUCCACGAUGGUGGGUGGGAGAGUGGCAGCAGUGCUCUAUAACUUGUGGCACUGGUGGUGUCCAGAAGAGAACUGUCUUAUGUAUUCAACGUGUGGGACUGGAUGAACAGCGUGCAUUGCUACCGGCAGACUGUCAGCACCUUCCUAAACCCGAAUCCAGGAUUACCUGCAACCACCGUGAACCUUGCCCUGCUGUCUGGCAUCAUGGAAACUGGAGCCAGUGCUCUGUCUCAUGUGGUGAUGGGUUCCAGUAUCGAGAUGUAUAUUGUGAUAACAACCUUGAAGGUGGUGCCUGUUUUCCCUCAAAUCGUCCCAUAAGCAAACGAGUAUGUGUGAUGCCAUUAUGUAUACAUGGUUUUAACCCAGUUGACUGGACUGGAAGUGGAGGGUCCAGCAAAGAGGUUUUCAAUGAAAUUUUUCCAGGCCUCCCAAGAUCUUCUAAUGGCAACCAACAUUCCUUGGAGGACAACUCCAUUUUUGAAGGAGACUUUUCUAAUGUUGGAGAUGGCAGUCAGGAAAAGGUUGGGAGGGCAGUUGUUGAUGACUUCUAUUAUGAUUAUAACUUUAUUAAUUUUCAUGAGGAUUUGAGUUAUGACCCAGUAGAUGACAAUAGUUUUAAUGAGGAAGAGGAAGAAUUAGAGCCAGAAUACCUUCCAACACGUGUCACUCAUCUGGGAACAGGAAAUGAAGAACAGGGUGCUGAAAAUAUCUGGUCCACAGAGAACCCAAAUAGUCAUUUCACUACAAGAUCGAGUGAGAACUGGAAGACGUCAGUAAACCCUGAUAUAUUGACAGAUGUCCAAACCGAUGUAAAUGUAUCUGAUCGAACAACUACAGCUACAAAAAAAUCUUUCUUAAUGGAACAAUACACAACUGUGUCCAGUGAUCAGGAAAGACAUACCAGCCAUGGUUCAAAACAUCAAGAUCAUUUGGUACCAACAGAUGACUUUCCAGAUGAAACCUCAGCUUCAACACAGUCCAUGAUCAAAAGCUUUCCAGAAAGUAUUACACAUUCAACUCUACCUCAUCUUAAUACACAAGAGCCUACAGGUGCACCAGAAACAGUUACUUCAUUCUCAUCGCCUGGUACUGCUUCUCAUUUUGUAAUUUUAGAUACUACACGAAGGCAAGCACACUACUCAUCUACUUCUUUACCAGAUCCAGUUUACAAAAUGUCACAAAAUCCAGUCACACCAGAACUAUUUAAUACAUUUACAGACCAAAUAUUAGAGAAUGUUAAAUUAACCCAAACAGCUCUUCCAUUUGAUCAAGAGAAACACAGUUUCCAAAAAUAUAAUGUUGCACUAACUACUACUCCACUGGAUUCAGAUUUUUCUAAUUUUUCAUGGACUUCUCAAAUGUCAACUUCAGCUGAUCCUGUACUCACUAUAAAGUCUACUUUGGAUGAAAGGUAUGACUACACAAUAUCUAAUGGUCCAAAAGUUACCGAAUCUUCACCCAAGAUGACAACCCCAGCCCUAAUAGACAUUCUGACAUCUGUCACGGCACAUGUUCCGAACCAUUAUACUGAAGGAAACACUUAUCCUCAUCUCAAGGAGGAAGCAACAGGAACAUCUCUCACACCUCAGUACAAUCACUCUUCAUCACAUGGAGGUGACAAACUACUGAGAAGUCACUGGGAAGUUGGAAACUGGAGUGAGUGCUCCACGUCCUGUGGUCUUGGUGCAAUGUGGCGUACAGUUCUAUGCAAAGAAGAUGACAAGGGCACAUGUGAUAUGAAUACUAAGCCAGCUCCUGCUCGACGCUGCUAUCUACGGCCUUGUGCAUCCUGGACAGUUGGGAACUGGAGCAAGUGCUCAAGUAGUUGUGGGACUGGAGCCCGGGUAAGAGAUGUCCAAUGUGUAGACAUGCGGGACAAGAGAAAGCUGAGACCUUUCCAUUGUCAGAGUACUGUCUACAAGCCACGGAUCCAGGUGGUUUGUCAUGAGAAGAAGUGUAUGGAGUGGUAUGUUUCGUCUUGGAGGGAGUGUUCAGAGGAGUGCGGUGGGGGCAUGCAGCAAAGGCUGGUCACGUGUCCCCAGACUGGUCGCUGUGAUGAAAGUCUGAAGCCCAACAGCACCCGUUCUUGUAAUGAUCAUCCUUGUACUACAUGGGCUGUAGGGCCCUGGGGGCAGUGCACAGCUUCCUGCGGAGGGGGUAUCCAGCGUCGUCAGGUGAAAUGUGUGAACAAAAGAACGGAGGCUGCUGAAGAAGAUAAUAAUCUGUGCGACCACGAACCAUGGCCUGAAAACCUCCAGAAAUGUAACCCACAGGACUGCCAGCAAAACAAUGCCAGUCUUCAGUGCACCCGUGACCGUCUCACCUUCAGCUUCUGCCGGACAUUGAGAAUCCUAGGCCGUUGUUCCCUGUCUACAGUCCAAGCUCAAUGCUGCCAGACUUGCCAGUCUCAUAUUCAAAGCUCUCGUGAUCUCAGUAAUCAACGGGUGUCCCGGAGGUGAGGAUGAUGGCCAUGUCUCUAAUCUCAGGGACCAAAUGACUGUACGAUACUGGGUUGUCUUAAUCUCUGCUGAAGGUCCGUCGAUUUUUCUGCUCUCUAAAAGGGACAGAGGAGAGCUUCAUUGCAUCUAGGAAUGGUUUAACUUUUUGUUUCCAGUGUCUUAACCAGAAAUCCCAUCCAAAAAUACAGUCUUUGGAUUUUUGGUGCUAAUGGUCUGCAAGUGACUUCUUAUGAAACUGUUGAUGAUUCACUGGCUGGCCAGUGGAGGAAUCGUAUGCUCCUUAUAAAUUCAGCUUCUUGGUGCUGUAGGUUCCUUAUCAAUUAGAAGAAACUAUAAUAUAAUCUAUAAUAAUGUUGCAUCCAAAAGACAAGAGCAAGUCCAUGUCCACUUUUGUGGUCUAUACUAUUUACUUCUGUAGCAUUGUGCACUGUUCAUGGUGUGGACUUUUACCACAUAAACCAAUCGGUGAUUAAACCGUCUGAAAGGAAGAGUAAAAUGUGCGACAAGGACUGCUGAAAGUGAAGAUCUUUAUGAUGACCAACGCAAAAAGUCUUCCACCAGCCAGGUGUUCAUAAAGCUGCAACUGUCUACAUUAUGGGACCACUUCUGAACCAUCCUCAGCCAUAUGGACAUGUGGUGCUGCCCAACUGGACCAGGAACUGGCCUCAUAGUCACAUAAACCUCUGUCAUACUGGAAAUUGUGACCUUACUGAUUAUAGAAAAACAGGUCAUACUAGUCUAUUUGGCACUGAAGAGCUGAGGGCAUUACGCAUAAAGAUCCUAGAUAGCCAAGUAGAACAACCAUGGCUGAGGAUAUCAAUACUUGGAGGUUGUCAGCACACUAAAUGACCAAUUGUCAGACGUACUAGUCCAGAUAUGUCUAUAGCUGCAUGAACCACACUGGAAAUUGGUGCUAUAAUUAUGGACUACUCACUAUAAGCAUCCUUUAUAAAGAAGACUAGCUUGGUGAAGAGAUUCCCUUGCGUAAUGGAUUUUUUACCCAGUAAGUGUCAUGUCCUAUUUUCAAUACACAUUUUGUAUGCCAAUUAAAAAUAAAAUUGUCAGUGUAUUCCUGUCUGUUGUAAAUACAUACACCGUUGGUUACCAUAUUUAUCCGGAAAUAGUGCUUACGUCUAAUGUAAAACUGGGUAAUAAUAAUAGGUCUGUUCUGCGAGUGGAUGUGGAGCUUGACCAAUUAUUUAGGUUAGAUAAAUGCAUAAAAGUAAGUUGCAGUCUCUGCUGGGUCCAUAAGUCAUCUUUUCUUAUAGGGGCUCAUGCACAUGGUCGCAGCUGUUUUUGCGGUUCACAAACUGCCGAUCCACAAAACAUAGAUACUGUAUGUGUGUCUUUCGCGUUUUGCGGAACAGAACACCCGACCCCUUAAUAGAACAGUCUUAUCCUUU